AUGCCACCUGAACUUGAACUAAAAAUAGUUAAUUAUGUAACAACAAUGCAGUCUUUGGGCUUUGGACUUACAGUGAACCAAAUGAGAAGCAUUGUGUAUAGGGUUGCUGAAGCUGCAGCAAUCAAGCGUCCUUUCUCAAAAGAUAUGCAGAUGGCUGGCUGGUGGGAUGGGUUAAAGCAGCAAUAUAAUUUAAGUCUCAGAACACCAGAAAACCUGUCUCUUGACUGUGCUGCAAUGGCAAAUCGACCCCAUCUUAAUGACUUUUAUGACAGGAUAAAACAGUUAAUAAACAAACUGAAUUUAGGGGACAAGCCAGCACGACCAUGGAACUGUGAUGAAUUGGGGCUGUCUUACGUUCUGAAAUCUGGCAAGGUUGUCAGUCAAGUGGGCAAGAAAUACAUUUACAAACAAAGUUUUGGAGAAAGGGGAACCACGACGACUGUCCUUUGCUGUGUUAGUGCUUCUGGAAUGAGCGUCCCACCAAUGGUAAUUUUUAAAGGGGUAAGGAUGAGUGACAAAUUUUGUGUGUCAUCUAUGCCUUCAUUAAUCCACCUCUCUCUGAAAGGUUGGAUAAAUGCAGAUCUAUUUCUGGAAUGGUUUCAACAUUUCCUGGAGUGCAUCCCACCCCAUCGACCAAUAAUAUUGUUUAUGGACUCACAUGAAAGUCAUAUGAUCCCAGAGACGCUGUCUUUGGCAAGUGAUAAUGAUGUCCACAUUGUCACAUUUUCGGCCCACAUAACUCACCUUCUACAGCCUCUUGCGGUUGGGGUUUAUAAACCACUGAAAGAUUCGUGGCGGAAACAAUUGGCUACAUUUAUGACUGAUCAUCCGGGACAAAAACCACUUCGAGAUGCUGUUUCUGAUCAUGCUCUUGCCCCUUCCUCUGUUACACAGGGACAGAAACAAGAGUUAUCUGCCAACAAGACAGUUACGGUGGAAGACAUUCUAAAACUUCCAGUCUGCCAAAAAGAGCGUAAAGAAAUGAAACGUGAUCCUUCUGUAAAAAAAAAUUCAUUUGCAACAACAAGCCAUCGACAUCAGGAUCAGGCAUAUCGAAGAAAACAAUAA